AUGGCCUCGCCACCCUCCGCCGCCGACGAGGAGCGCCGCGCCCGCAUCAUCACGCACAUGAACCACUCCCACACGCGCGAGCUCGGCCACUACAUCCGCCACUACGCCGGCGCCUCCCCGCGCGACGCCUCCGCCGGCCCCCCUUCCAUCCGGGACCUCACCCUGCAGGGCAUGCGCAUCCGCACCGCCUCCGGCCGCGACUACGCAGUGCCCUUUGACCCGCCGCUCGACUCGUGGGCCGACGCCAAGGCCCGCAUCAUCGACAUGGACGCCGUCGCCCGCCGCGCCCUCGGCAUCAGCGACAUCUACGUCACCGAGUACCUGGCCCCGCGCGGCUUCGACGCCGUCGUCUUCGCCGCCGUCGUCUUUUACUUUGGCUCCUUCAUCUCCCUGCCCUGGCUGCUCCCCGGCACCGCCGCCUGGACCUUCCUCGACGCCUACUUCCCCGGCGGCGCCGUCAACUUCCGUUGGCUCACUCGCGUCCUCUUCCUGCCCGUCGUCGGCAUCCACCUCACCGAGAGCGCCCUCUUCGACAGGAAGCUGCGCCGGCACGGUGUCGAUCGUGGUAGCGGCCUUUGGUGGGCUUGGGUCUCAAGCUGCUUCUUUGAGGGUCUCUGCUCCUUUCGUCGACUCAACGUCCUCAUCGCCCGCAAGCAAGCUCAGAAGGAAGGAAAAAAGGAGUAA